CAGAUGUGGCCCGCAAACCGUAGUUUGCCCACCUCUGCUCUAGAGUCUGGGUUUGUUUGAACACAAAGCGAUGCCAUUUUUGUAACAGAAAGCCCUGGCAUCAGCUCAACACAGAUAUUGUUAUGAAUAACGUCUGAAUUAUUGAAUUAUCUAGAUGCAACUUUAGUUACCCUGGAGUAUGUGCUCUUGAGAGGGUUCCAGUGUUUUAGGUCUUGGAGCAGUUAUAUGCUAUUCUUAAAAAACCAUCACUGGGUAGUGUAAAUAGAAGCAGGUUCAUGUAUUUAUGAUCAUGAGCUUUGAUCCUCUAGAGAUCACAUAAUUAUUUUAAGCUUUGAAUGCAGUGUUUAGAAUAGGGCUGUGUUUGCAGACUCCCUCUUCCAUAGGACAGUCAUUCCCACAGACCUACAUUUUAAUUUUAACUUAAAAAUAAUUAAAAACCAAACAAUGGCAAACUUUGCCAGUUUCAUUUCCAUGAAGAUGAAGGUUUUUUUAAGAUUUGCAAAAAUUAGGACUUAAAUUUUUUUUUCAAGUUUUUGUUUUUUAAAGAGGGAAAAGGCAUUGAUAUCCUAUUAAGGAUCAGGUCUGACAUAUAAGUUCUGAACAGGUGUUUAGUAGUUGUAAAUGUUCAUAUUUCUAAUAUAUACUUGAAGGUUACCUACAAAGGCCACUGAUUUCAGAGUUGUGUGCUGAGUGCUUCCCAUGACCAGUCAGAGAUAGGCAGUUAGCAUAUUAGGUUCAAAGUCAGUUCUUUUAAAAAGAUCGGUCUGCAGCAAAGAGUCCCAGUUCCAAACACUCAAACACUGAGAACAUUUGGAUCUGAUAAAGAUCUGAACUUGGUGGCUUCAGGCAUAUUUCUAGAUUCUGAAAUGUCUAGCCCCUGCUAUGGAUGAGUGGUUCUGGCUCCAAGUGAGGAAGAUGAGUUGUGAGAUGUAUAUUAGAGUUGUUGGGGCAUGUUCACACCAAUAUAUGCGUCCAUGUAAGCCUUGUUGCCCCUUGUCCAUCAUUUCUUAUCCCCAUACUUACAGGCACUUUAUUUUGCUGCUUUCACUUGUUCAGUCUGGUCUGGUACUUAGACUAUAAGCUCCUCAGGGCAGGGGGUUUCUCUUAUUUGUUCCGUAAAGCGUCCAGGCUCAUUGUAGGGUGCUGUGUAAGUUAUUCUCUUUGUACAGUGUCUAGCACAAUGGGGGCCUGGGAUACUAGGCGUUACUGCAGUACAAAUAAUAAAUACUAAUACAUUAAUAAUAAGAGUUACUCUCAUCCAGUCAGAGGACAGUAACCAUGAUUACUAUAUGACCUUUGGGUCUAAUUAAAACUAAUCAGCACAGCUGGAGUAUUGGGUGAUCUAAUUAGAAUUGGGUGUUAGAACAAUCUGCCGAGCAAGAAUAAUUUGCAGAAUUUAUUUGGCAAAAUAAUUUUGAAUAGCACACGUGAGAAAAUCAUAGAUUGUUCACAUGCAAGGUGUGACCAGCAAAAGGGGUGAAAUUUAUCAGAUAUGUUAUUCACUAAAAAUUGUUCACACAGCUGCAGUUCCAGUCCCAGCCAAGACCUAGACACUGUAGAACAUUAUUGGUCAAUAGUAUCAGUACCCUUGCAUGGCACCCAGCUGUGAACUGUGGGGAUGUGCAAUCUUUAGCAGACAGGGAGCUGAGCAGAAAUUGGAAAUCUAGUCUGGACAGUUUCACCAGAAGGGGUUCCAAGUUCAUAAUCUGAAGGUUGCAGUUUCCACUAAUGCAAUGACUCAGCAGCCCCAGGAUGAAUUUGACAUGAGUGUGGAGAAUGCAGAAGCCUGGAUGAAAGCUAUCCAGGAGAGACUGCGGAUCAAUGAUAACACCAAGGGACCUCGGUCUGCCCUGGAAGCCAGGCUAAGAGAGACUGAGAAAAUUUGUGCAUUGGAGCCAGAAGGUCGAGUGAAAAUGGAUUUGGUCCUGAUAAAAGCAGAUGCCCUUCUUCGCUGUAUCAGCGAGGAGGAAAAGCAUGAGAUACUAGCCAAACUGAAAGACAUUAAAGCCAUGUGGGAAGAAACAGCCAUCUACAUUACUCACUGCCACAGCCGUAUCGAAUGGGUGUGGCUGCACUGGAGUGAAUACUUGAAAGCCCAGGAUGAGUUUUACGUCUGGAUUCAUAACAUGAAGGUUACCUUGGAGCCUGACAUAGAACUGCAGCUCGGUUUAAAGGAGAAGCAAUGGCAGCUGAGCCACUCCCAGGUUCUGCUGAAUGAUGUCCUAAAUCAGUCAGUCUUGCUGGAAAGGCUGCUGGAGGAAGCUGCUUCCUUGUUUAACAGGAUAGGUGACCCGAGUGUCGAUGAGGAUGUCCAGAAGAAGAUGAAGGUGGAAUAUGAAGAAAUAAAGACAGAAGCUCAGUGCAGAGUUAAAUUGCUUGAAAAGAUAACGAAGGAACAUGAGCAAUACAAGACCAAUGUCGACCAAUUUCAAUCGUGGCUGAAUGGCGUGACUGAAAGAUUGAACAGCUGCCUCGGAGAAACAACAAAGUUGCCAGCAGACAAUGGGCUAAAGACAUUGCAGAACAUUGCCAAAGAUGUUAAGCGUGGUGAAAAGAAAUUGAAAUGCCUGGAGGUUCAGUCUACAGGGGUGAUCCAGAACACCUCCCCCCUGGGAGCUGGGAAGAUGAAGGAUGAGUUGGAGGAGUUGAGGAAAGCCCUGGAGAAGUUGAAACUAAUAUGUGGUGAGGAAGAGGAGAGAAUACAUAAGAUCCUUAAGUCAGAAAGUGCCUUUCAGUCCCAAGCCAGACAGUUGGAAGCAGAGGUCCAGGAAUUCAGAAAGAUGCUACAAAGACUAGAGAAUGACCUGGAGUCAGAGGAGAAGCCGAAGAGUGAAGAGGAAUUAGUAGCUCUGUGGAGAAAAUACAUCGCAGCAAGAGCAGCGCUUGCAGCAGAAGAGCCAAAGGCUGAGAGACUGAAGGCUCAGCUUAAGGAAUUGUUCCGGUUUUCACAGAAUAUACAACCGCUCUCUGACGGUGUUGUAGCUGCAAUACGGGAAUAUCAAAGGGCCAAGGGAAAGACAUUUAAAAUGAGCACUGGGACUGAAACUGAGCUUGGGCAGAGUUUUCAAAAUCCACUGCGAGAGUUCCAGUUGUGGAAGCCAUCGGCUCAGAGACUUCUGGACUCCACUGCUAAUGUUGCUGAGCCCUCCCUGACACAUGCUUUCUUACUUCAGAUUGAGGAAUGCCUGGCUGAGAGCUCCCAAUUCAAGGAGCAGUUGAUGAUGUUACAGCUGAAGAAGGAUUUGCUAAGCAGUAUCUUUGGUGAGGAGAGAGCAAAGUCUCUCCUAGCAGAGGUAACCGAUACAGCAAAGGAGAGAGAAAUUCUACACAAAAGUCUGCUACAAAGGAAAAGCAGACUGCAGAGUUUGGUAACUCAACAUAAAGACUUUGAUGCAGGCUUUGUGCCUCUGCAGAAGAAGUUAUCUGCUAUCAGAGCCAAAGUAGAUCUAGAGAAUGAACCACAACCUGACCAUUCAGGUAAAGAAAGACGACUCCAGAGACUACAGAUGAUCCAAGAAGAAUUGGCAGAGUUUAUAGUUCAAAUGGAAGAGCUGCAGAAUCUAGUUCACUCUAAUCCCACAGAUUUACCCCAGAUGGGAUUACCCCACAAAGAUAAAAUGAACCAGCUUUCAUCUGACUAUCAGACACUGAAGAGAUCUCUGGAGAUCAUCCUGGCACGGACCGAGAAGCACAUUCAGGAGCAUUGGACGUUCAAUAAUAAACUGUCAGACCUUCAGGGGUGGAUCACAAUGACUGAACAGAAGUUGGAAUCCUAUCAGGAUGCCAGGGGGGAAAGGAACACAGAGAGCAGAAUCGCAGACUUGGAGGGGCUGCUAGCUGAAUUCCCGGAUAAGGAGAUCCAGCUGCACCUUGUUGGGGCUCAUGGCCAGCUGGUGAUUGAGAGUUCUUCUCCAGAGGGGGCAGCACAUGUCCAUACUGAAAUGAACCAGCUGACAGAGUCAUUGAGGUCACUCAAAAAAAUGACAACCAGCCUUCUCAGCAGCAUGCAGCCAAAUACAACAGUGGUUGAUACAAGGAAGAGUAUAACCAUCAUGGGUAAUACACGGACGACUGGGUUUGCCUUCGGCUCUUCAGAGGUAACUCUCAAGCGCUCCCAGGCAAAUGUGAGCAAAGAGGAAGAGAACAGUCACCUCCUUAAACUCAUGAAGGACUUUGAACAGUGGUUACAUGUAGAAAAUGCCAAACUGAGCAAGAUUCUUGUCACGAAACCCUCCAGUUGUGAAGAAGUUAAAGCAAUACAGAGCAAGCUGAAGGAGCUACAGUCUCGUGUUCCUGAGGGGCAGUGUCUUUUUGAAGAUCUCCUUAGUCUUCAGACAGUUGUCGGGACCUCUGAAGAUGUGGAGGACCUGCGUUAUCAAUGGAUGCUCUAUAAAUCUAAACUCAAAAACUCCAGCAGCUCAUUGACUCCUAGAUCUUUGGAAGAACCUGAUGGAUUCAGAAAGAGACGUCCAGGGGGGAUGUGUCCUUUCCUGCACCGCGUGUGCUGGGCAGCGCUGCCACUGCAGAUACUCCUGCUGUUCUUGCUGCUCCUGGCGUUUCUGCUCCCCCUGGUGGAGGAGACCCACAGCUGCAAGCUUGCCAACAACUUUGCCCGCUCCUUCAACUUGAUGCUGAGAUAUGAAGGCCCUCCUCCAACUUAACUCCUCUACAGGCACGUGGCAAGAAGUGACUGGCUAGACAUCCAGGCUGCUUUUUCCUAGGUGUCUUGACUAUUGCUAAUCUUCUAAAUCUAGGGCUUCUAACAUGGCCACCAGAUUAACUGGAAACAUCAUCAAAUAAACGCAGUAUAAGGUUAGUCCAUAUAAAUCAGGUAUUAACAGUUAGAGCUAAAUUAAUAUUUUUACAAUAUUAUAUGAAUAUAUUUAUACUAUGAGUGUGUAUAUAUAUAUAUAUAUAUAUUUUGUGUGUAUAUAACUAUAAUGAAAAAAUCUAAACUCCACUGUUUUGCUCUAAUCCUGCAAUAUUUUUGCUUCUGCCUUUGUUCAGUAACGAACAGCAGAUAUUUUAAAAAACUGAGUUCUUGGUGUUUACAACUGAAGUCAAAGUGAGUGUGAGAAAAUAAGGGAUGUUCUGUGGAAUCAUGUGCCAGGAAAAAUUGUCUCUGAGAGUGAGAUGCACUGGAAUCAUGUUUCAAUACGCUGUUUAACAUUAGGCUUUAGCAAAAGGGGAAGUUUCUAUUUGGGAUCAGUAGCUAGUUUUUCUAUUGCUUGAUCCAAUCACCACUGAUGUCAAUGCAAAAACUCCCAUUGACAUGGGUGUGAGACCAGGCCCACAGUAUAUUCAAAUGCUCUUUGUGACAGUCUACCAACUUUUUCUAAUGCUUUGUCCUCUGUCACUCCUGAAGUCGGAGAGGUAAAACCGGGCAAGGAAAGCUGAAAAUAAUGGGGCAUUUUUCUAAACCUCACUCUAAACCAAAUUGUAAUUUUUAUUUUAUUUUGUGCAGCUACAGUGUACAAAGCUCUGUGUAGCAGUGAGCUGUGCAAAAGAGAAAAAUAUGAUCUUGUCCCCCCCCCCCUUUUAAACUAUGAAGAUCAUCCACACAAAUGGUUUUGGCACAGAAAUUGCUCUGGGAUGGACCACAUGAUCUGGACAAUGCGAUGUAGCUCAUCUCAGCCUCAGCAUACAAACUGGCCAAAGCACAGAAAUACAUUAACAAAUGCAGUCAGUAGACAUGAUUCCUUCCUAGCGGCGUUAUGUCAGUGGUUUGCUAACAAAACGUGACAUGGUGUAAUUGCAUCAAGCACAAUUGUACUACAAGUUUUUAAAAAGGCUGAGGUCUGGGACACUGAGGAUUGUCAUCCUUUUACCUAGCCUCAGGCCUGUUUUCAUCAGCUCUUCUUUUUUAACAGGAAUGUCUGCGCUCAAUAUGCUUUUUAACGUAAGUGCAGUUCACAGCGUUAUUAUGAGGAAACAACCAUUUCAUGGUGGUGUUUUACCUAAUGGGAGCCUGCAUCUUGUCCAAAGGUGGGAAAGGGGAUUGUUUCAAAUACUUUGCUGCACUUCUUUGGUUCGCCCCCAUUUUUCCUGUUCAUUUUUAUCCUCAGAGUCAUAGUCAUCGGACUGUCAGUCAAAAAAUCUGAGCUAGUUUCCCCUGGCCUGGCGAUUUCUUCGGAUGAAAUUUGAAUUCUAGGUAGUGGCAACUGACUUUUUGUCUCUCUCCAAACAGAAUCGUACCAAUUCUAUAGUGGGUACGCACUACUGUAGACUUAUAGGUGGGACUCACUUUUUUUUGUACCAUAAAACCUACAAGAGGUUCAUUACAUCCUGCCAUAUUCUACUCUGCAUACAAAACGCCAAUCCCCUAUCGUAAUACAUGGGACUUCUGUGCCAAAAUAAAAGGUAGAAUAUGGCCCAUCGUUACAUAUGUUACAUUAUUGGAAGUAAAUUAUGUACUAACUACAGACCCAAUUCCAUUAAGUAUAAUGGUGAUUACAUGGAACGUAAGAACGGCCAUACUGGGUUAGACCAAAGGUCCAUCUGGCCUAGUAUCCUGUCUUCCGACAGUGGCCAAUGCCAAGUGCCCCAGAGGGAAUGAACAGAAUGGGUCAUCGUCAAGUGAUCCAUCCCCUGUCACCCAUUCCCAGCUUCUGGCAAACAGAGGCUAGGGAUACCAUCCGCCCAUCCUGGCUAAUAGCUAUUAAUGGACCUAUGCUCCAUGAAUUUACCUUGUUCUUUUUUGUACCCUGUUAUAGUCUUGGCCUUCACAACAUCUUCUGGCAAAGAGUUCCACAGGUUGACUGUGUGUUGUGUGCUACCUCUGCCUACUAUGUCAAUAAUUAUGAAGAGCUGAAACAACAAAGUUUAGAUCUGAGAUUCCCCCAAAGUCUUUUUUUUUUUAAAUUGAUAAAGAGAGGAAAUGAGGGAAGAGAGGACAGGGUAGCAUAGGAGGGAGAAGAUAUUGAGGAGUUCUGAAUAGAAGGGAAUAGGCAGCAGUGGGGGGAGAGAGGUAAGAAGGUGGGUGCAGAUAGAGAAGAGAGGUGGGAGAAGAAAGAAUAGGGUCUGAAAAAGGAAGGCAUGAACAGUAAGAAUAUAGAAUGUAAAGAACAAUCUCUAUUAGGGUCCAUCCAGUCCAGUGGUCUUCAAUCUUUUUUCAUUUGCAGACCCCUAAAAAUCUUUGAAUGGAGGUGCAGACCCAUUUGGAAAUCUUAGACAUAGUCUGUAGACCCCAAGGAGUCCACGGACCACAGGUUGAAAGCCAAUGUCCUAUGGUAACAGCAACCUUUCGUGGACCCCUUAGACAUAGUCUGCGGAUCCCCAGAGGUCCAUGGACCACAUGUUGAAAAUCACUGAUCUAGUCCAUCUCUAUGCCUAUGCAGGAUUAUUUCCCAUUGUACAUUGUCCAAUCUAAUUUCAAAUGUCCAAGUGGUGGGGCCUCUACCUUUUCUCUGAGGAGACCAUUCCCCUGCAGAGAGCUCUCACUGUCAGAGAGGUCUUGUCUACACAAUCAUUUUUCUUCAUGCUUCCUUCAGUUGCAGUGACACCAGGAUCAGCAAAGGUGGGAGUUCUAAUACAGUGAGAAUACUGGUGUUCUAAUAAACAUGUUGUCUAACCCCCUCAGAGCAGGUGGAGAGGACAAGGUGGUCAAAUGGCUAGCUGCUGCUCAUGGCCCACCUACACUGGAGCGAUAUCAUUGCUAGAGCUGGUCAAAAUGUUUUAAAUUUAUGAAUUCUGAUGAAAAAGGCAUUGAAAUUUUGAAAAUCAGCUCCAAAAAAAAGGAAGCAGUUAUUUUUGUACAUUUUUCAGUCAACUAGGAAAUUAGAAGGAAAAAUGCAUGAGUAGGUGGAGCCAGAGGGGAGAAAUGCAGCAGAAGGAGGAGCAGGGGAGGAUCUGAAGCAAUGUCGAUUAAAACCUGGCAGUUAAGAGCUAGGAGAAGAGAGAGAGACAGGUGACUUAAAGCAGAAAGGUGACAAGAAGAGGAAAUUGUGAAAGACAAAUAAGGGGUUUAAAUAUAAACAGGAAGGAAAGAAAGGCAUCAAGCUGUGUCCUCCUUCGCAAAGGAGACAGGUGGAAAGGAACUAUAAUUCACAAGUGAUGCAGCAAAUGAAUUCCUUCUUUGCAACUGUUAUUUCCAGCAGAAGAGAGAGACACAUCCUCCUCUCCCCCAGUUAGCUAGUUCAAGAGCCAUGCAAAUUCUGCUCUGUGCAGCAAGGAUUUAAUCAUCUAAGCUCUGAACCAUGUGCAUCUCCCACCUCCGUUUCAAACCAUUUCAAUGUGUACAAAGAACCAGAAGGGGGAUGGGGCAGGAUAGAGACAUAACAGUAUUUGUAGCAUAGCCACUUUCUGCUUCUUUGAGGGGUGUUGUGGUCAGGAAAUUAAAUAAAACAGGAUGAAAGGCAGGAGAGAAAAAGAAUUAUAACAAGUGGGAAAAGUUAGUUAAGGUGAAGAUCAAGGAGGAAACGGUCAGGUUUUUUGCAUGAAAAUUACAGAAUCUCCCAAGAGUUUCUGGGCACCGGCCUUUCUUGUCUGGAUUGUUUUUGAGUUCAGCAGUGGAUCUUACAAGCAUUGGCAAUACAAAUGUAGGGGACAUUAAAGAAAUUAUUUCCAUGCAGAGGGUCUUACGAAAAUAAAUUCCAUGUCACCUUAAAGUUUCAAUGUUGGGGCAGGUUUAAAAAAAAUCUAAAUUAGAACCACACUUUUGCCACUGGGGUUUUGCAUUUAAUUUAUUCUUUAACAUCUCUGCUGUAAAUCUUGGAGUUUUUCUGUAAACAAACUAAGCAAUACAAAUAUCUCAUAGCAGAGGUGAAUCUUUCUCUGUUUUUCAUGGAAAUCAGCUCAAGCAUUAGGCUCAGAUUUCUCUCUUACACCAGUUUUAUGCUGGAGUAACUUCAUUGAUCUUAGUGGAGUUACUCCCAGUUUACAUUGGUGUAAGAAAAAUGUAAAUCAGGUCCUUUGUGGUGUGGGGGUGGGUUGGUGUGGUGGGGGGGGGGGGGGGCUUAAAGAGAAAAAAAUCCCACCUUCCCUCAUUUCUUAAUUUAAUUGAGAAGAUUUUGCCUUACUGAUUUUUGGGAGCGUAACUGCUAUUACGAUGUGAAGCUCAAAUAAUGGUAAAGGAAAGCGGAUUCAAUUCUCCCCCUCACAGGACUUUGUUGGUUUCCUGUGUGAAGGAAACAGGCCCCAAUAUCUAUAAAAUGCAUCCUAAGGAACAAAGUUUCUCAUAAACUUUAGGUACAGAUUUCUGUCUACAUUUUUGCACACCAUUUUUCUUGUCCUAACUUUUAUAAACUCUUAGAUAAUUUCUGACUAGAGCAGGGUAAAACUUUUUGACUGAUACUUUUUCAUAAAUGUGUGUUGGAUUCACGUAAUUUUUUCAGUAGAAAAUAACAAACAAAAAUUCUGAAAAAGUCAAAAUAUUUAAUUUUGACAUUUUGAAAUGAAACAUUUUGCCGUUUUGAAUCAAAACAGCUUUUCAUUUUGACUUUUACUUCAGUUUUAUUUUAAAAUAUUGAAAGGUUUAAAAAAAAAAAAACCUCACGUUAACUGAAUAUGUUUUCUUCAAUAUGUUUGGUUUACUAAAAAAGUAAAAAGUUGUGUUUUGGGUAAACCUGAAUUUUUUUUGUUUUUGUUUGGCCACUGACCUGAAAAAUCAGUUAUUCACAGCUCUAUCUGUGACAUCUGUCAAUCACCUGGAUGCUUCACAGUUGGGCUUCAGAUUCGGACACAGUAUGGAAUCAAUGCUGGCAGUAUACUUAAAAUGCCUGGCAAUAGCUUCAGGGGGAGUGUACAGAACUGGGUGGCUGGGAGUGAUCCACUCAUCUUCCCUUCCUGACAGUCAGAAGUUUAGGGUUGCCUUGGGCAUGGGGUUGUAUCUCUGACCAUUUUGGCUAAUAGCCAUUGAUGGACCUAUCCUUUAUCUCUUUCUUCACUGAACCCAGUUAUACUUUUGGCCAUCAACAUCCCAUGGCAAUGAGUUCCACAGUUUAACUUGCCAUUGUGUGGGAAAAGUACUUCCCCUUGUUUGUAUUAAAGCUGAUGCCUAUUCAAAAAAAAUAGAUAGAGGCCAAACCUCAGUGCUCGUGCUGCCUGACGGGUUUAUAGCUAAUCCAGAGUUAGAGUACCUUCAAGGAAAGCUGUAGCCCUUAAAUUAAAUACAUUUGAGCUUGGGAAUUAUUUGCACAUGCAAAUCAGACCAGCACCUGACUAGUCAGGCUGCAUCCAAAUUCACUUUGUGUUGACAAGUAAACAUUUUUGUACUUGCAAAACUGCAUGCACCAAAGUUCUUUAGCAUACAAGAUGUCAUCCACUAUCUGAUGGGCCAGGAUGAUAUCGCUUCGAAACUAUGGCUCAACGGGCCAAAUUCUGCACUCAGCUGCUCAUGCAUGGAAGUUAGUAGGAUCUCCACGCAGUCCAAGUUCAGACUUCAGCCCCAGCCUUUGGAGAAAAGCCUCAGUCUAAUUUGCGAAUUGUAAUUGAUUCUGUAGCCAGACGCUUUCAGCAAUUUUUUCCAUGGCUGCAGUACAGUGAGGUAGAGAAUUGCUAUUGUGCUGCAUACCUAUUUAUAGAAUAUUCUCUGAUUCCAACCAGCAAUUUAGAUUGUCUUAAAUUCUGCUUAUAUAAGCCUCUCUCCAGUGCUCUUUGUGAGGAAAAAGUAUGUUCUAAGAACACACACACAAAAGUAAUAUUCUCCUGAUAACACCAAGAUUGCAGAGCUAUCAUGAUCUGUAAGCCACAUAAUAACUUAUUUGCCUGGCUGUUAUAUGUACUAUAGUCAAGCAUUUCUAGCUGAAAAUAAAGCGACUAACCUAAUUAAUAAAACUCAUAAUUAAUCAUUAUACAGUGAUCACUUUGCGUAAAUUGCCGGGAUCUUAGAAUCACUAUUCAUCUCAGCUUAAUCCUUAAUCAUUGGAGUUGAUUGAUGUCCUCAGAAGAGAACCAGUCUCUCCAAAAAGUGACUAUUGCAGAUAUCUACAUAGUGUUUCUUUAGACAAAAUAAUUACCAGCUCUGUUAUAUACUGGUGCUCUGGGAUCUCAGGAAUUUACUCAGCUUGAUCAUGUCUAGGACAUUAAAUACUUUGUACUUGGUGUGUGCAUGGAACUUCCAUUGGUGUGAAGGAGAUUUACAAGAGCAUUUCAAGAGGAGAUAGGAGUUACACACUCAGUUGUAUAAAUAAAUUAAAGGGGGCAAAUGGAAUUCUGUAAACCAGUGGGUGGCACUGAAAAGUCUUUCUUGCUGCUUGGGAAUCAUGGGAAUUGCCGGAUAAUAGUUAAGGACUAAAUUUAAGUAGCAACAACAUUCAUUUCAUAUUCAGUAUUUAUUUUGGCUCAGGUGGAGAUAUAUUUAUUUCCACCUUUGAAAAACGUUUAGGUAGUUACUCAGAUAAAUACACCUUUGACUGAAAUCGUGCAUGGAUUUUGGUUAUGUGUUAUUAUAUUGUAUUGGCUGUAAUAUCUGCUUUUGGAGACUUUACUGUCCAUUGGUUUAGUUACUAUUCUGCAGCUGAAAACACAUUUACCCAGUGAAAUGUAAGGGCUCCUUCCAGGGUUGCUGGGGGAAGUCAGGCAAGUUCUUCGUAGUUCUCAGAUCACUGACCUGCUCUGAGCUCUUACGGUUCACUGUGUUAAUCCAGCUGUGGGUGCUUGGCUAUUCUCUAAAGUCUGCCUGUUAAAAAAACUGUAGAUAACUUUGCACAGACACUGUGAUCCAUUCAGUAACCAAUUUUAACAUCUCUACCAUAUUUAACUGUGAUUCAAAGAGUUUGAUUAUGUCUUGGACUAACCACGCUUAUUUAUUUGAAUCACUGGACUUUUUGAGUUGCACAGACAUGCCAUUUCUUUAUUCAUUUUGCACUUGUACAAUGUUAAAAUAAAACAAAUCCAAGAACCUAAACAAUUAGUUUCCCCAAAAUAUCAAAUAUGAUUUAAUAAUCUAGCAUGCAGUCUGUUUUAUAUGUUUUUAAGUUCUUUGGUCUGUCCAAUUGAAAACCAGACCAUGUGUUUGUAGAAGAGUUAUCAGCAUCCCCUGCAGAAUAGGGUUUAUCAGGAAUAUGCCAACAGAACUGGUAGCCUAAAGGGCACCACUAUAAUUACAAUACUAUUCACAAGCAAACCAUUGUUACCUAAUCUGUUUUAGCAAUUGACAGGUACUGACCACUGGGGAGGCUGAGCUGUGUUGGAGGAGGUGCAGCACCCCAAUGGAGGUGGGAGGAGGGGUUAUGUCUCCAAAAGACAUAAUGGUUCCUAGGUGCUGUAACACAGGAACAUAGGAAUUACCAUUCUGGAUCAAAUUCGAGGUUGAUUUUAUCCCAUAUAAAUCCCAUAUAUAUCCCAUAUAUAUCCCAUAUAUAUUUAUCUGCCCAAUCCCUAAUAAUUAGAGAGUGUCUUAAAUCUUGAAGCAUAUUUAUCACUUUUUAUAUUUUUAUAUCACUUCCAAAAUUGUUGUUAGCAUUAACUAUAAUAAAUCUUGAUAUUCUUGUUAUCCAUACAAAUGCCCAGCCCCUCUUUGAAUCAUGCUGAAUUUUUGGCCUCUAUAGCAUCUAGUGGCAAUGGGUGCCAAAGUCUCACUACAUGAUGUGUGAAAAGGUAUUUGCUUUUUUCAGUUUUGAAUACGACAAAUUUCAUUUUCAUCGACUGUCCCUUGUUCUUGUGUUACAUGACCAGGAGAACAAAAGCGUUCGAUCUCCGUUCUCUGGACUGUUUGUUGUUUUUCUUUUUAUUAUGUCCCCUCUGAUUUGUCUCCUUUCUAAGGUGAACAUUCCCAGUCUUUCAGUGUAUCUUGACAUGUGAGUUUUUCCAUGCCCUUGGUCAUUCCCAUCAUCUCCCUUCUCUGAACUCUCUCUAAUGUUAAUUCUUCACCCACUGGAAUAGCUAAAAUCUGACCUUUCCUUCCUCGCCUGAUGACUUAUCAGUGACCUGGCCAUUUCUUGCCUUGUUUACUGCAACCUUCUCCUGUCUGCCCUCCUCUGCUCCCAUAACUGUCCCCUCCAGUCGGUCCACAGUGCAGCUGUUAAACUUGUCUUUUUUGCCUGCCAGUAGCUCCCACCCACUCUUUGGAUAUCUCCUGCCAUGCAUUGUUUCAAUAGCUCCUCCUCACCUACACACCCUGCACAACUGUGCCCAAGGCUACAUCUCCGAUCUAUUUUCUUAACCCCUUCACAGCCUAUCCCUCUGUCAACAAUCCCUGCCUCACUGACCUCUUUAUUACUGACUCACUCCUUCUCCCUGCCUAUUUUCAUGCCACCUCAUGCUUGAAAUAGCCUCCCAACCCCAGAGUACUCUGCUCCCCCUUUCCUCAUUCAGCUUCCUCCUACAGACCCACUUCUGCUACAAGCCCCUCAAACACCACCCAUGUUAGAGUUUUAUUCUGAUACAUUUUUAAAUUAUUCUGAUCUCAAUGAACGAUCUCUGGAUCUCCCGGGACAUCUUGCCCUCUCUCUAAUCUGCCUUUCACACUGGAGCACUUGUGUCUUACACAGAUCAGAGUGUUUUUGGCAGCGCUUAACUAAUAAUAAUAGCCACCAUGCCGUUUGUAUUACAAAUAACCUGCCCAAGCCCCUUCAUUCUGAUCCCUUUAAGCAGGCAUUCAUGGAUAAUUCAGCUAUUAGCUAUAGAAAGUUGCCAUUUAAUCAGAAAAGGGAGGGCCACCAUUUCAAAUUCAGCUGUGUUAUCCCAGCCUUGUCCCUGACUGUCUAAGCACUACCAUGUGCUCUGCAGUCUGGGUCUGCAUGCCCUUGAGCCCCUUGGGACAUUUGAAUGACACAAUUAUACAUCAUAAAUAGCUGGGGUAUUUUUCAAACAGAAAAAUGGUCACUUUUGACAAACUGAUCUAACAAACCAUUUAUCAACCACUGUAGCAAGCCAUUUAUUUUGGCCCUUUUGUUCGUUGGAAAAAUGAACUCAAACCAUUUCUGAAAAAUAAGAGACAAUAUUGAAGGAACGUUGCCAGAGGAAGAUGCAAGCUGGCUCCAACCCCACCUGCCAUUACUAGCUUUUUUUCUGGCCUGGAGCUGAUGUCUUCCUCUAUCUAGAAUUCUUGCUUGGAGGGUUUAUUUUUCAGAACAUAGGGCCCCCCCAAAAUCCGAAUGUCUCCUUUGUCAGUUCCAAUAAGAGUAAAACACCACAGACUUGGUUUUCGUUGCAAAUAUGUGUAUCCCUGUACUCUGCAAGGACAGCCUAGCCAUUACUGUGAUCUGGGUAUAAGAGGAAGUGUAAUAAUUGUACUGCUUGAAGAAAGACGACAUUCCACAUCAGUGUAAUUUUCAAGUGCAGCUUUAAAAAGAAAAGUGUUUGUUUUAAAAUGAAGCAAGGAAAGGUUAGAGAUAUAUUUUAACAAGUUUUCAGUAUUUUCUUCUGUUCAGGCCUGAUCCCAUGAGGUGCUGAGCCCCUUGCAAUCCUAUUGCCUUCACCUUCCCAUUCAGCACCAUGCCAGAUCAGGCCUUUUAAAGGUAUGGCUACACUGCAGCUGGGAAUAAGCCUCCCAGCUGGGUAGACAGAUUCACGCUAGCCUGGCUUCAGCUUGGGACAUGCUAAAAAUAGCAGUGUGGAUAUUGCAGCUCAGUUGGCAGCUCCGGUUCUCCAGCCACCCUGAUUCCCUGGGUCUGAGGUCAGGUGGGUGGCAUGAUUCUCCGCCAGAGCCACAAUGUCUGCACUGCUAUUUUUAGCAUGCUAGCUCAAGCCCCACGAGUGCGUGUCUGUCUACCCAGGCUGUGCGGCUGCUGUGUAGACAUAGCCUAAGAGUCUUACCUGAGAGUCACGGGUUGAGCAUUUUGUGUUUCAGAAGCUAUUUGGAUGUGUCAUGAUUUAUUCUCAUGUUUUCAUUCUGUGUCUCUAAGUCAUAUGUGUGUAUAUUUGACUGGAAGCCCUUCUAUUAUCUUGUGCUCUCUUAGUUUCUUGUAUAAUUCCAUGAGAGAGGUUUCCUUCUGAAAAACAUCACAGCUAUAUUUCCAGAAGUUUACUUCCUCCUCAUUUGUUUACUGGGGUGCACUGGACCUAAAUGAAACAUUUGCAGGAACAAUAAUGUGCAUGUGAAAAUUCUCUGACAUUACCUUUCAUAAAACCUACCGUCUCAUUGACAUUAAAAAGUGCUACUAAGAAUGGAAGUUGCAUUAUUGUUUGCCAGAGUGCACAAAACUUUUGCAGAAGACCUGUCCUCACUUCUAGAACCAGUUGGCUGUGUUGGGCCCAAUUCAGUUCACAGAGCUAGGUCAUAAGGAGGUUGUGGACAUUUCCCAUCUCACUUCCACUCCAUCUCUCUUACUUCCCCCCCUCCUUACACACACACACACAUACACAGAGGCUACCUUUGUUUAACUGUAGGAAGAAAGUGUAAGUGUAAUUUGCUUAGAGCCCUUGAAAGGAUGCAUUGAAAAGGUAGUGUUACCAAAAACAACAACGAAAAGGAAAGCACAACCAUGGGAUUUACACUUGCAUUCAAUGUAUUUCCCCAAAACUUUGAAUACGAACAACUUGGUUUACUGAAAUUUCCUUUAAUUAGGCCCUAAAUGUUGAGGGUUUUUUUUAAAUUAAAAGAUCUACAAAUACUUAGAUAUAUUUUCCACUUGCUGUUAGAGAUUAACUGGAAGCCAACCUUGAACUGUAGAAGAUGUAAUUGUUGGUAUCUGUACCUCAAUCUGGAUCCAACUUCCAUGAUUAGGGCCUGACUUUAUAAAAGGCCAGACAAGAUCCCUAAUCCUGAACACAACUGAAUUUUAGGAUAGUUCACAAUCUGAGUUCAGAUCCAGACCCUAAUCACUGUAAGAGGCUGGAUGAGAACUCCAGAUCUGAAUGCCUUACCAUGUGGGAGUGUUUGAAAUCCAGACCGGAACCCAGGUCCCAGUUUUGCAGUUCAGGUCCACUUGUAAAUGUUAAUAUUCAAGUACAAAACAAGUGUAAGAGGCACUAGAGCAUGAACAUCUCUCAUAUACAUAAUAACUGUUUAUGCAUGUGCUGUUCAGUGUAACAUUUAGGAUACAGAGUGUGCGUGCGAGAGAGAGAGAGAGAGAGAGAAGUAAAUAACUGGAUAGCUAAUUUUCGGUUGUGUGAACACAAGUACUCAGAUUGCAGGGACCGUUUCCACUUUUGUCAUGUAACUUAUGAUUUUUAAAUACGUUUGUGAUAAAUUAGGCUCUCUACUAAGGUAAACAAUACUGGAGCCAAACAGCUGUCACUGUACAUGUGCAAGUUAUCACCGUUGAUAUCAAGUCCAAGACAGACUCCUUGUCUUGGACCUUUCCUUAACCUUUCUGGCUUAAUUCAGGGAAUGUGGACCAGUCUAUUUUCUUAUUAAACCUGUGGUCUUUUGAAAUGUCAUGCUAAUUUUUCAAAUCCUUUACUCUUACUCACAUUUGAUGCAGAAAGACUGUGACAAUAGUAUUUUUGUAAACUGCCUCUUGCUUUGUGUUUGGAAAUAAUAUAUAUUUAUUCUACUGAAUUCCAUGUAGUUUUGAAACUCUUGUCUUCAGAAAUAUCCUCUUACAUUCCAGACAGAUCAAAAGAAGCUGUUGGCUUCUCGGUGCUGCCUAUGUAUGACAGUGUAUAAAAUUAUAAUUUCAGUAACAAGAGCCUGGCUUUGUUUAUGUUUUUAAAAAAACAACAAAAAACCCAAAAGAUUAUUUGAUUUAAUUAAUCCCUAGUAUAACUCCAUCAUAUGUAGAGAGAUGAAUUUGGCCCAUUCAGAACCCAUGACUGUGGUAAAGUAACAUUUCUUAAGCAACCCUCCCUGGAAAUUAUGGGAGACUCCAUAAUGGGACCAUAGUCUUUUGGGGCUUAAUUCUAUGAUCCUUAUUUGCACUUUGCAGUGUGCUACUCCACAAGUAGCCCCAUGAAUUUAAUUGGUCCUGUUAAGAGUAAGGUAACACUCCAGGUGAAUAAGAGACACAAAAUGUGUCCUUUCUUAAUGAAUGCCUCUGGCCUUUUAAGUAGAGAGGUGGGUUAGGUUUUGAUCAUUUCUGGGCAAAAUUUUAUGUUCUUCUGUGCAUUGUGGAUUUCCCUUGUACCGUCUGGAUUUGUUCUGUUGCUGGAAUGCAGAUGAAAUCAACUGAAGUCCCAUGCACAGAUGAAUGCGACAGAAACCUACAGGAAAAUGUUUCAGAAUAUGCAAAAGUGGCCUACUUUUUCAAAAGCGCUGAGACACCCUGGCUCCCAUUAAAGUAAGUGAGAACUCUGGGUGCUCAGCAUCUCUGAAAAUGAGGCUUUAGGUUGUUAAAUGAUUCACAGAGUAGUGUAUAGAGAAGAGUUUUGCUUAUUGCCUAGAAAAUACUUCCACAAUUUGGUACUAAGCAUACAUCUCCCCACAUAGUGUGGGCUGAUUCUGCAGAACUUCACUGGGGACUCAGCACCUGGCAAGAUAAGGCUCCAGUAUUUUGAAACAUUUGAUGACCAAUAAAAUAUGAGGUGGUUUUCCUGUCUGCAAUAAAGAUAAAGGGACUGGAAAUUUAUCACUCGCAACUCUUGCCAUGUGACUGUUUUUUUUAUGCUUGUCACUGUUAUCAAUGAAGUACUAUGUUGUAUGUUAAACUGCACUGUAAAAUUGGAAUAUUUUACUGCCCGUCUUUUUUUAAAGGAGAAAAUAAUUCUGUGUUGCAGUUGUAAUGCAGUAAAUAAAUACAUUUUCUUUUUAAGGGCUUCUCAGUUA